GAAAACGCAUAAGAAAAGCUUUUGGUAGCACAAAAAAGUUUUGGAAAUGUUUGAAAUAUCUCGUAAACGAACAUUUUCAGCUUUGUUUAAAUAAACAAUUUCAUUCAUUUAAAAAGUAUAGAGUACCAAAACUGAGCGCUUUAGAUUUCACCUGCAUACGAGUUUGUUCUUGAAAUUGCAACAACGUUGGGGCGAGUGAGCUGGAGAAAAAUUUAUACCGUGAGUUAGUAAGAAAAAACUAAAAUUGAUUUGCAGUGAAAAUAUCAAAAACUGAUUAAAGUGGCACGCACAGAAUUGUCUCAGUGUGUCAAAAACAAAACAAAUGAAGUAAAAUUGUGAUAAUUAGCAACAAUUCUGGAACGCUAAAGUCUGACUAAUAAGAAGGUAAAAAGUUUUCCAUUGGGGAAAAUUCGAAUAUCUACGUAGAAAAUCAAAAGAUUGGAGAAAAAUUGAAUUGACAAUUUGAAAAUAGCUACCGACAAGCUGUUAGUGAUUUAAAUUGAAAUCAGUCCAAGUUUUAUUUAAACAAAAUGGAUUUUAAUUUUGCCGAUUUGAAGAAGGAAGCAGCUGCUACGGCAGAGGAUGUGUUUUCUCAUACUGCAGAUGCAGCUAAGCAAGCAACAAAUGCAACAUAUGAUUUAUUAAGUGGAGGCGGUGGACGUGCUUCGACGGGCGCACAAGAUGAUAACUCACACACAGAACACUACUUCGCCAACGAGCAGAAGGACAUUGAUUUUGAACAUGUUGACCCCCAAGCAUUCGUACAGCGUAUGUCUGCCGGUGCAAAGGAGGCACAGGAGCAAUUAGAUGCCAAGUUCGCACAACACACUAACGAUUUUGAUGAUUUUCUGACCAAUGCAUCCAAGGAUUUGCACUCCUUUGGAUCACAACUACAGCAAGAUACGAAGCAGGGCGUACACGAUUUUAUGAACGCUGAACGUGGGUUAUUUAGUGGUGCCGGUGACAUAAACAAACAAACCGUUGAGGUAUCAGCACCUACAACAGUUCCGGUUAUACCAAACAAGCCUGCUGAACAUGCUAUUAAAGAAGCUGAUUUGCUAAAUUUCAGUGUCGGUGAUGCGGCUGAAAAACAUGCUCCAUUGCAACCAUUCGAAGAAGAUUUUGAGACACACUUUGCACCAACUGCACCAGCAGCUCCUGCAUCAACAACUACAACGCUAUAUGAUGAUGAUCUUGUAAUUGGCAAACCUUCGAAUUCUGCAUCGGCUUCCAACAAAGAUUCAGAUACGGAUUCGCCUUCUUUGUCAUGCAAUCCGUCGCCGGCAAAGAAGAAUCCAGUAACUGCUGCAUUAAAAGAACAGGAUAAUGACAAAUUUAUAUCUUCUGAAGAUUUGCUUGGUGAUUUCAAAGACGAGCGUACUUCAACGCCUGACUUCCAAGUUAAACCAGAAGUUACUAAACCGACAGUUGAGGUUAAAACCACACCCGUCUCAGUGCCUGUCACUGACUUAGAUGCGGAAGAGGAAGCCACAUCACUAUUUUCACAACCCAAACACUCACAAGUCGAGGAAAUUAAAGAAACUGGCCACACUAGUACAACAUCUUCAGCAACUUUACCCGUAGCAAGUGCUACAGCUGCAGCUGCACCCAAGCCAGCCGCAGUUAGUGAGCCCAUCGCUGCUAAACCGCUCGCUCCGACAACAAGCAACAAAGAUACAACCGAAGUAGUCAAACCUAAAACAGCGCCGCCAGUUCCUCCAAAGGAGAUCAAACCAUCCCAUCAACAGUUGGAUCAACCAAAGAUUGUUUCCGUCGAAGAAAUUUUCUACAAAUAUGGAUUGGAUGCCUGGUUCAAGCCGGAACGUUUACAUCCACGUG